AUGGCGGCGCCAGGCACGGACGGGAAAACCCCGUACGUGGCGAAAAACACGUUCACCAUCCCGCGAGACGAAAGCGGUGUGAAACUGGAGGAAAUUAAGCGACGUUUUUUGGACGAGAUGCGUUUUCGCGAGGAGAAGAUGAAAACGAUGCCCGAUUACGUCUCGUCGCAGUUGACGGAAAUUGGGGCGAACGCGUACGAGUUUUCGCAAGAGUGGAAAACGAAAGAAGGGUUCGAGAGGUGGAUGAACACGCCGGAGAGAAGACGAUCGCACUUUCCAAUCGGGGUGUAUCAGUAUUUGCCGAAGGAUAAGUGGUCGGUGCCGGAGAAUUUUGCGCCGGUGAUUAAGGUGAAGGACCCGCCGAAACCGCCGAAGUAG